AUGGUGAUUCUACAUGCUUCUGAUGCAAAGGAGACCGUUAAUCUCGCGCGUCAAAUGGGAAGCACCUUUGAUCUGACCGCAAACUGGAUGUCCCAGCUGCUUCCCUACAUCGGGAGUCGAACUAUAGAUACAAUCUGCUUGCCACAGUCCCACGAUGCAGGGCUGUAUGAGAUAUGCAGAACCUGUCGGCUUGGAUCCGAAUCCACGAAAGACAACAUCCCAUCCUCUGUCGCAUCCCUGGUGACCAUGGUGGACUUUAGCUUAGUCGACUGCUACCACGGUGGCGAUGGGGCCUCGCUUGACGAGCUCAUCCGCCAAGUGAACAAGUUCAUGGCCUCACACAACGAGAUCGUCAUUUUGAGUAUCUCCCACGCAUUCAGUUUUGACCGCGAGACAAUCGGCGAAGAAUGGGGACAUCUGCUCAACCAGACGGAAUGGGAGCGACUGCUCACCCAGCUGAGCCAGCUCAACCUUCGCUAUGUGAUGCCGAGCACUCCUGGGCCUAACGACCGCGGCGUGGUCGGGAGGGAGAUCACAGAGAUGCUCGCGGGCAGCACCAGGCCGGCCGUCAUCGUGGCCCUGGGCGGCCUGCGAGACCGGCAAGUCACCCACACGCAGGACACCACUGAAGCCAUCGUGGGCUAUCUCCGAGACACAGGUGGGUUUAUGGCACAGAUUUUGCUGAUUGCAAUGUACAAUGCCUUCCAGAGCUCGUAUCUGCGGCAAGGGUUGUACAGCAUCAUCGAUGUUGCCCGUCUGCUGCGGGCCUCGGAUCUGCCAAAGGUCCCAGACGAGAUAUCCCCAGAGAAAUAUCCUAAUCUCAUCACUAUGGAUAGUAUCGAGGAUGCCGGGCUGGGGUGCGUGACUAUUGCCGUCAAUGGCAAGAUCAUCACGGGCAAGAAUGUUACCUUGGUCUUUGAGAAUGAUCAGGCCAUGUCUAACCCCAUUACUCAUGUAUUACCUGCUAUUAUUUUAAAAUUAUUUCUUCAUCUGGACUUAGAACGUGGUUUGCAAUGA